UUUUUUUCUUCUUCUCUCUUUUCACUUCUCUUUCCUUCUUGAAAGUCAGCCGAAGAAAAGUAAGCACAGAAACAAGAAUUAAAAAAAGAAAAAUAAAGCAAGAAAUACGAAAAAUCUCUGCUCCGCCAUGGUUUCACACCGACCUCCUCCAUGUUGACCUAAUCCCCUCUUUCUUCAACUACCCCAACCAAACCCUUCUCUCCAAAACCAUUAUUCAGCUCGCCCUUUUUUCUCUGAUAACCUCAAACGCAUAAAAAAGCAAUCUUUUUCCUCCGUCAUCCUUGCACCUCCGAUGGCCGCCGCCGCCGCGCCGGACGACGCCCGAUUGCCGGUCCACUCUCGGAGCGGCGGAAACACCGUACACCACGUAUCUCCGCCGUCCGCCGUCGCGAGCCCCGGCGGGGUUGUGUACAGAGAGGCCAAGCCUUCCGAGAAGUGGUUCCCCUGGCUGUUACCCGCCUUCGUGGUGGCCAACGUGGUUAUGUUUGUGAUUACUAUGUAUGUGAACAAUUGUCCGAAAAAUUCUGUCUCGUGCGUCGCUAGAUUCUUAGGGAGGCUGUCUUUUCAGCCCUUUGGGGAAAAUCCUCUGCUCGGGCCUUCAUCUUUGACGCUUGAGAAAAUGGGAGCUUUGGAUGUGAGUAGAGUUGUUGUUCGACACGAAGGAUGGCGGCUCAUCACCUGUAUGUGGUUACAUGGCGGAGUGUUUCACUUACUCGCGAAUAUGCUGAGCUUGAUUAUCAUCGGCAUUCGGCUCGAACAAGAGUUUGGAUUUGGUACGUUUUGCCACUCGUCCCAUUUCUUUGGAUGGGCCAACCAGAGGCAUGCCCUUGCUGGGUAUACCACGAUUUCUGGUAAGCCCAAAUUCAAGGCCUACCAACGCGUGCUCUGGCUGCUUUCUUUGAUUCUUCUGGUUGCCGGAAGAUUAAAAUUGCAGCAAAAUAUUAAAUCAUGCGAAAAGUUGGAACCUGGGAUUAAAAUUGCUAUGGUUCACGGUUGGGAUGAUCUUGCUACUUCGGGGGGUGGAUUUGAACGAUCAUUGUUCAUGGUGCCAUUACCUAAGUUGCGUCCCGACUUCAAGAUGGAGCUGCAACACACAACCUGUUUCGUGUCAGGCUGUGCAGACAGGGGGACAAUAUACUUUGACGUGCUCAAACAACGGUAGGAACCAAACGUAUUCACUUUUCAAUCUGAACGAGAAUCAAAUUCAGGGAUUGUGUGCUCGGUUAUGCCGGUGAUGAACAUAUCUGUGUUGCAUAUGGUUUUGUACGACUCAACCGAUUCUUGUGUAUACACAUAUGUAGAAACAUUUGUCAUUACAGCUUUUGGCUUUGAUAAGCUCUUAUCAGCCUAUUGUACACUCUGAUUAUUCUUUGUAAAUUUGUGAAACAAAUGUUUUGUGGGUUAAAAUUUGGGUCUUGUGCCUUGUUACCCUUUAGACUUCCCAUAGCAUAUAUUCCAUUGUGAAAUUUUCAUCUCAUAUUUUAUUUGUUAAAAUAUUAUACAUGGGUUUCAUUUGUAUUUGUCUUGCUCUCCUGUACACGGUGGACAUGAGUUAAUAUGUUCACCUGACACGAGAUUAACAUAUCAUACAAAGUGGAUUGGUG